GGGAGGAAGGCUCUCCCGCCCAUGACGGGAUGGGAAAACUAUGCCUGGGGCCGGCGCUCGGCCCGGCUGCUGCCGCUAAGGAAAGCCGGGACGCGGAGCCCCGCCGAGAGCUUCUUUGCUGCGGACGCCCCUGGACGUGGCGGGCAGCCGCGAGGGUAACCACCAUGAUCCCCUGGGUGCUCCUGGCCUGUGCCCUCCCCUGUGCUGCUGACCCACUGCUUGGCGCCUUUGAUCGCAGGGACUUCCGGAAAGGCUCCCCUCAACUGAUCUGCAGCCUGCCUGGCCCCCAGGGCCCACCCGGCCCCCCAGGAGCCCCAGGGCCCUCAGGAAUGAUGGGACGAAUGGGCUUUCCUGGCAAAGACGGCCAAGAUGGACACGACGGCGACCGGGGGGACAGCGGAGAGGAAGGUCCACCUGGCCGGACAGGUAACCGGGGAAAGCCAGGACCAAAGGGCAAAGCCGGGGCCAUUGGGCGGGCUGGCCCCCGUGGCCCCAAGGGGGUCAACGGUACCCCCGGGAAGCAUGGCACACCAGGCAAGAAGGGGCCCAAGGGCAAGAAGGGGGAGCCAGGCCUCCCAGGCCCCUGCAGCUGUGGCAGUGGCCAUACCAAGUCAGCUUUCUCGGUGGCAGUGACCAAGAGCUACCCACGGGAGCGGCUGCCCAUCAAGUUCGACAAGAUUCUGAUGAACGAGGGUGGCCACUACAAUGCUUCCAGCGGCAAGUUCGUCUGCGGCGUGCCUGGGAUCUACUACUUCACCUACGACAUCACGCUGGCCAACAAGCACCUGGCCAUCGGCCUGGUGCACAACGGCCAGUACCGCAUCCGGACCUUUGAUGCCAACACCGGCAACCACGAUGUGGCCUCAGGCUCCACCAUCCUGGCUCUCAAGCAGGGUGACGAAGUCUGGCUGCAGAUCUUCUACUCAGAGCAGAACGGACUCUUCUAUGACCCUUACUGGACAGACAGCCUCUUUACGGGCUUCCUAAUCUAUGCUGACCAGGAUGACCCCAACGAGGUAUAGACAUGCCAGGGUGGUCCUCCAGGCAGGGAACAAGCUUCUGGACUUGGGCUUACAGAGCAAGACCCCGCAACUGUAGGCUGGGGGUGGGGGGUCGAGUGAGCGGUUCUAGCCUCAGGCUCACCUCCUCUGCCUCUUUUUUUCCCCAUCAUUAAAUCCAAACCUUUUUAUUCAUCCAACCA